GUUCUUGAGGGGAGUGAACAUGUCCAAUAAAGCAUCAUAUUUAAAAUAGAGCUAUAUCAAGUUGUGAAAGUGAACCUUAAGGUCUAAGAUCUCCCCAGCUACUUGAUUGGACAGGAUAAGAGGAAUAAACAUUGUAGGAAAGAAAAGCUUAAGAUCAUGAGAAAUUUAAAAGUGACAGAUCUUUUAGUUUUAUUUUUAGUGAAUACAUAAAGAUGGCAUAUGGAUGUCAAUGACAUCACCAAUACGAUAAUUAAUAUGAAUAAUAUUGAAAUCUUGCCAGAUAUGUAUAUCCGACUGCUCGCAUUAUUAAUAUGAAGAAUGUUGAAAUCUUGCCAGAUAUAUAUUUUUGACUGCUCACCUUGUAAUUGUCUUACUGAUGUUGCAAAUCAGGACCAUUUAAAUCUAUAACCUUUUAGACUAGCCGGUGCUAAAUUCAACUUCAAAUAACUCAAAAUAGAUAGACCACGAUGUUUAUUAGAGGGGGUUUCUAAAUUCAAAGAAACCAUGGGACAUUUGCCUUUUCUCUUAACCUCCAUUUUUUUGAUGUUAUCUUGGACAGGAUGCAUCUUGACUUCAUUUAUUGUUCGAGAGGAUUCAUAGACCACAAAUUUGUUAUGUGAAAUUUGUCUUUAUUGACUUCCUUUUGCUUGGGCUUAACUUUGAGCUCUAAAUGGUUUUCUUGAGUGAGGCCACUGUCAAAGUUUCUUACAAUUUUUUCCUCCAUAAUGAGUCAUUUUAAGUUAAGUUCUUUACAAGGUCUUAAUCUUUACUUUUCACCUGCUACCCUGAUGAAGGCUACCCAAACUUAAUCACCCAUUCAAAGUUUGGAGUGUAAUUUUGUUCUACUUGCACAACACCUGAUCUCAGUUUAUGAAUACCUAGAUUUGUGUUGGUCAUUAUAAAAUGGCUAGAAAUGUCUAGAGUGUUACAUACUUAUAUCCAAGCAGACCAUCAUUUGAUUACCAAAAAAGAAUGUUGUCCGUAAACAACAUAAAAUUGAUCCUACCCGAUGAUUGUCCAUGCCAGCGAUGAGUGUUUUCUGCAAGUUGUGACAACACCUAAUCUGUGUGUGUGCCUAGUAGCUGCCAUCAAUUAGUGGCAGAAAGAAUCUGUUAGUCAUGUUCUGAGUCAUGGUUCCGAGACUGGAAAAUAUGGACAAUGAUCUAUGUUUCAAAAUUAGACAUUUAUGCUAUAAUCAUAUGAACUGAGAGUUCUCAACUUUGAUGUGCCAUUAUUGCUAUUGAAAACGGGUGAUGCAAUAAGGUAGUAUCACUCUAAGCAGUUUAUACAAGGAUGUAGCAUGUGCAUGCAUGGUGAGAACUUCAAUCAAUUACAGGUGACAGAGCUUCUUUUAUGGAUUUGUGCGGUGGUCAUAAAAGACAAGUUUCAUUCUGAUGAUUUGGUAUAAAGUGGACUAACAUAAUAAGUGCCUCUCUUGGGUUUUCAAGGAUUCUUUUCUGUGGUUUAUUUGCAGCUUAAAGUUAGCUGCAGAGUUCAUGUUUGAUACUCAAAGCUUUCUAUUGGUAUUUUGAACAUGAUUGUAUGGAAAAUCCUUGUGUCAAUUCACAGCAAGUUACCAUCUACUUAAAGCUUUAUCCAACAAGGCUGCAUGUAGAUUAUUUAUAGACACUUUUCUCUUAGAAAAAGAAGUGGAUAGAUACGGAUAAGUUUGGGUGAAAAACACCUUAAGAAUUGCUGUGUUGAUUCCUCUACAAUAACUCAGUGGACAUGAUGAAGCAUAUCCAGGUCUUUCCAACUUGUCCGGGAAGCUUAUAUUGGCAACUCUGCAUACCCUUCAGCUAAGGAAAGAAAAGGGCACAUAUCCCUUCUGAGAAAAGCUGAACUGUUGAAGUCUGUUUCAUCUCUUUGUUCUCAAAUUCACUGAAGAAAAACUUUUUAAGUUCCUUUUGCAAGUUCUAACCAAGUAAGAGGACACAAGGAAUAUGAUCUACCAUUGAUAGCUUUGUGAUGGAUGAAAUGAUUGGCCUUGGACAGUUCAACAUCUUACCAGGGUUCCUGCUCCAUGAACUUUGAAGGAAAAGGCUAAAAGAUGCCUUCUGAACCCUUCACUGACCAGGCCAUUGUUGCUGUCAGAGUCUCCUCUUCGUUUUAUGGGAGAUGCAUCUUGAUAAAGGACCUUCUUGUUCAAGAAUUCAAUGGAGCUGUCUUAUUUGCAAGCCAAAGAGUGCACCAGAAUCUUUAAAGUAAGGGUUAUCAUGACAAAAGUUCCCGAGGAAUUUCUUGAACUCUUACCUGGCAACAAGGUGAGAAGCCAUGCUUGACCAAAGUUUUUUCUUUUUUCAUUCCCUAAGAAUCAAAAACCUCCAAAAGCUCAUGCAGGUUCUGAAUUCAUUACCGUGCAUACCAUUUGUGAAAAAGGCAGCUCAAAUGAUCUUGAAGAACUUGAUUCCAGGUCUGAAGUUGACAAUGCAUCAAAAAACUAGACUCUUAACAGGCAACACAUCUCUACUCCUCUCAUAUCCUCCCGACUCACAGAUCAACGCAGGGAGAGCUUGCAGUACUUAGUAGCAGUGGCACCCGCCAUGGGUUCACCGCCCGAGCUCAGCCUAGACUACAAGCUCGACGACUACACGGCGGUCGCAAAGGCGGCAGGAGCGCAACCUGAGCAGAACCAGAAGAUCCAGGAGUUCCUCGCUCGCCUCGAAGAAGAACGGCAUAAGAUCGAAGUCUUUAAGCGCGAGCUGCCUCUCUGCAUGCAGCUUCUCAACAACGCCAUUGAGAUUUAUAAGCAGCAGUUGCAAGAACGCGUGCCGCUUAAAUACAUGAAUGUUGAUGGGUCCGACAAGGCCAACUGGAUGGUCUCGGCUCAGCUAUGGAGUCCGCCUGACGACGCAGCCAAGCAGCAGGCGGCGCCGCCGCCGAAGGAGGCCGACGUGAUUCCGAAGCUCGCGCUGGACACCACCAAGCAAAGGAGCGGUGGUGCGUUCCUUCCCUUCUCGAGGGAGAAGAGCAGAGUAGCCCACGCUACCUCUGCGGAGAAGGUGGUGGAGGAGAAGAAGUGUGCGGAGUUGGAGAAUGAAAUUGUUAACACCGGAAGACAUAGUGGCGCCAAUGGACAUGAAAACACAGCUGAUAGCCAGGCGGCGGCGGCGGCGGCGCCACCGACGCAUAGGAAGGCCAGGAGAUGCUGGUCGCCGGACUUGCACCGCCGCUUCGUCAAUGCUCUUCAGAUGUUAGGAGGCUCUCAAGUUGCGACUCCAAAGCAGAUUAGAGAGCUGAUGAAGGUUGAUGGAUUGACCAAUGAUGAGGUGAAGAGCCACCUGCAGAAAUACCGACUCCAUACGAGGAGGCCGAUCCCGGCGCCGCAUGCGGCGGUGGGCGCGGGGGCGCCGCCGCAGCUGGUGGUGCUGGGGGGCAUCUGGGUCCCUCCAGAGUACGCCACGUCGGCAGGCCCGGCCAUGUACGGCGCUCACGCGGCCCCCGUGCCCCGGGAGUUCUACUCGCCGGUGCCGCACCACCACUACCACCACCUGCACUACCCUCCCCUCGGACUCGGCGCCUCCACUCCCGCCGCCAGUAGGGGGAGGACGGCUGAUUCGCCGGAGCCCGAGGUGAGGAGCGGCGGGGAGAGGUCGGAGAGCAUCGAGGAGGAGGAAGAAGAAGUGCGGAAGAGGGACGAAGAGGAAGAGGAGGAGGAGGCGCCGGCGUCGGAGGAGAAGGCGUUGGUGCCUCUGAUGGUGAAGGCCGAGGACGACAACGGCGGCGACGUGGUCCUCAAGAUCUGACAGCGGAGACCUGAAGCAGCGAGAGAGAGAGAGAGAGAGAGAGAGAGAGGGGGAGGGGGUUGAUGUCGUCUGUUUUGGAGCUUGCGAUAAGGACGAGAGCUGAUGAUUGAUUUGAUUCUACGCUGCAGCGGUACGUUGUGAUACGAAACAUGUACUUGUUUUAUCU